AUGUCUCCUUCUUUUGAUAACGCCCAAGCAGAAUGGCUAUCGCAGCUUACGGCUAUGCGGCAGGCAAUAGCAGAGUUGAAACUGGAUCAAGCCACCGAGCAAGGUCCAAUAUACGGCGAGGAUCUUUUUCUGGACGAUGAUGAAUUAACCAAUAGCGGAUCUGAUGAUAUCUGGGAUAUCUCAAGCAACGAACUUGGGGACGACUAUAGUAGCGACCAGAUAGAUGCCGCGGAUGUCUUGCCGCCUACGGAAGUACCUAAGGAUGCAUCUCAGUGGCUGCGAGAAAAAACUCAGGCUCUCGCGAAUAAGAAGCCUAGUACGGAAGCAGAUGAGCUGUACCAGCACUUUCAUGCUAUUUUGAUCUCAGACAUGGAGAACGAUGAAUUGCAAAUGUCACUUGUAGAAAUAAUCGGCUACGAUGAUCUUGAUCUCGUGAUUGAGAUGAUCGCUCAUCGCAGAUCAAUUUUGUCAAGUAAACAGCAGAUAUCUCCUGCCAAUAAUGGUGUCUUGAGUCGCCUUCAAACCAAGGAGGAACGGCAGCAGGCCCUCCAGCGACAAGACCUCGAGCACAAAAGCGCUCCGCUGAGGCAAGCGCAAAGUAGAGAUGCUCCUCAAUAUCCGCAUGUUUAUAAAGCCCACGAAGCUGGUCACACUUUAGCCCACGGUGGCCGGAAGUAUGGGCUUCCCAGUGGGAGUCAGAGGAUCGAACGCGAGAGGUAUGAGGAAUACUCUAUUCCAGCUACAACCGUGGGUAUCCUGGGUAAAGGGAGAAAACUUAUUGACAUAAGUGAAAUGGAUAGCCUUUGUCGUCAGACCUUCAGAGGCUACAAAACCCUGAACCGUAUGCAAAGUCUACUUUACCCUGUAGCGUACCAUACGAGUGAGAAUAUGUUGGUUUGCGCGCCUACUGGGGCUGGUAAGACUGAUGCGGCGAUGCUUACAAUUCUCAAUACCAUUGGACACAAUGUUGUACCACACCCUAAUGAGGAACCAGAUGCUGAAGACUUCGUGGUCAAUGUCCGCGACUUCAAGAUAGUCUAUGUUGCUCCAAUGAAAGCCCUAGCAGCAGAAGUGACCGAAAAGCUAGGCCGACGCCUUACUUGGCUAGGGGUCCAAGUCAGAGAAUUCACCGGUGAUAUGCAUUUGACUAAGAAAGAAAUCGAACAGACGCAGGUCAUCGUCACGACUCCUGAAAAAUGGGAUGUUGUCACCCGCAAAAGUACUGGAGACACGGAGCUCGUACAGAAGGUCCGGCUGCUGAUUAUUGAUGAGGUACAUAUGCUUCAUGACGAGAGAGGUGCCGUCCUCGAGUCGCUGGUGGCUCGAACCGAGCGACAGGUGGAAAGUACACAAUCGUUGAUCAGGAUUGUGGGGCUUUCCGCGACAUUGCCAAAUUACAUAGACGUGGCGGACUUUCUGAAAGUCAAUCGCAUGGCAGGGCUGUUCUACUUUGACGCAUCAUUCAGACCAGUACCGCUUGAACAACAUUUUAUUGGGGUGAAGGGGAAGGCUGGAUCCAAGGCCUCAAGGGAGAACAUCGAUCAAACAACAUUCGAGAAGGUAAAAGACAUGCUAAAGCUAGGCCAUCAGAUAAUGGUCUUCGUGCAUUCGAGAAAAGAUACUGUCGGUACAGCAAGAAUGCUGAUACAGAAAGCAGAGGAGGACCAGUGCCAGGACUUGUUCGAUUGCAGCACUGUUGACGGUCAUGCUUCGGCGAUGAAUGAGCUGAGAACCACUCGAGGCAAAGAGCUUCGAGAUUUGGCUCCGAAAGGCUUUGGAACACACCACGCUGGAAUGCCCCGAGCUGAUCGCAACAGGGCUGAGCAGCUUUUUGCAGCAGGUCAUAUUGGUGUUCUAUGCUGUACGGCUACGCUUGCGUGGGGUGUCAAUCUUCCUGCAGCUGCCGUUAUUAUCAAAGGAACACAAAUCUACAGUUCACAAGAAGGUAAAUUUGUGGAUCUGGGCAUCUUAGACGUUCUGCAAAUAUUCGGUCGAGCUGGUAGACCACAAUUUCAGGCUACGGGAAUUGGUUUCAUAUGCACCACACAAGAUAAGCUGCAUCAUUAUUUGACGGCAGUGACGCAGCAACAGCCAAUUGAGUCAAGGUUCUCAGGAAAAUUAGUUGACAAUCUCAAUGCUGAAAUUUCGCUCGGCACAGUGACGUCUGUAGCAGACGCUGUCCAAUGGCUUGGCUACUCCUACUUGUUCGUGAGAAUGAAACGAAACCCACUCACAUAUGGUAUCGAGUGGUCAGAGUAUGCAGAUGAUCCGGAGCUAGUACAGAGGCGACGCAAGUUGAUUGUGGACGCGGCACGCACUCUUCAGCAGAGUCAAAUGAUAAUCUUCAAUGAGUCGACUGGAGAGCUUCGUGCAAAGGACGUUGGCCGAAUAGCGAGUCAGUAUUAUGUGCUUCAAUUAACAAUAGAAUUGUUCAACGCAGACAUGAGGCCACAAGCCACCGAAGCUAGUAUUCUGAGAAUGAUCAGCAAGAGUGGGGAGUUCGAUCACAUACAGGUCCGUGACUCCGAGUCUCAAGAGUUGCUUCACUUGAAGCAUGUCUUCGCUCCAUGCAAGAUAGCAGGUGACUUGAGUUCUCCGGCUACGAAGACAAACAUACUUCUACAGUCGUACAUCUCUCGAGCAAAGGUCGAUGAUUUCACUCUAGUAUCUGACUCUGCAUAUGUCGCACAAAAUGCUGCAAGAAUAUGUCGUGCUCUUUUCAUGAUAGCGUUGAAUAGGAGAUGGGGUUACCAAUGCCUCGUUCUUGUGACACUUUGCAAGUCAAUCGAGAAACAGAUCUGGCCCUACAUGCAUCCAUUUCAUCAGUUCGACCUUCCGCAGCCAGUUUUGAGGAACCUCGAUGAUAAAAGCGAGACAUCCUCCAUCGAAUCAUUGCGAGACAUGGAGACUGCUGAAAUAGGUCAUCUGGUACACAAUCAUCGCAUGGGUAACGUGAUCAGCAAAUUGCUGGACAACUUUCCAACAUUGGAUGUAGAGUGUGAGAUUGCACCACUCAAUAGAGACGUCCUGAGGAUUCAUCUGUACCUCUCUGCAAACUUCCGCUGGAAUGAUCGUCACAAUGGUACCUCUGAGUCUUACUGGAUUUGGGUGGAAAAUUCGGAGACCUCUGAGAUCUAUCAUCACGAAUUCUUCAUAUUGACUAGGAAGAAGCUGUACGAUGAUCAUGAAAUGCAUUUCACGAUUCCAAUGUCUGACCCUCUACCAUCUCAGGUAUACGUUAGGGCUGUUUCUGAUCGUUGGCUCGGUGCAGAGACCGUCUUACCAGUCUCGUUCCAGCACCUCAUCCGGCCAGACACAGAAAGUGUCUAUACAGAUCUGCUUGAUCUUCAACCGUUACCGGUUGCUGCCUUGAAGAAUCCACGGCUUGAGGAGAUCUAUGGGCAACGCUUUCCUUACUUUAAUCCAAUGCAGACACAAAUAUUUCAUACUCUGUACCACACGCCUGCAAAUGUUUUACUUGGCUCACCUACAGGAAGUGGGAAGACUGUAGCUGCAGAAUUAGCGAUGUGGUGGAUGUUCCGCGAAAAGAGAGGAUCGAAGGUUGUGUACAUCGCACCUAUGAAAGCUUUAGUGCGAGAACGAGUGCAGGAUUGGCGGAAGCGUUUGACUAGGCAGAUGGGUUUGAAACUCGUAGAGCUUACAGGAGACAAUACGCCAGACACUCGGACAAUACGGGAUGCCGACAUUAUCAUAACUACACCCGAGAAAUGGGAUGGAAUAAGUCGCAGCUGGCAAACAAGAGGCUACGUCCGGCAAGUGGGCCUAGUCAUCAUUGACGAGAUACAUUUACUGGGUGGCGACAGAGGGCCAAUUCUUGAGAUCAUUGUAUCCCGCAUGAAUUACAUCGCAUCUCAAUCGGAGGGUUCCGUCCGACUGGUAGGCAUGUCGACGGCCUGUGCUAAUGCAAUGGACCUCGCAAACUGGCUUGGUGUCAAAGAAGGUCUCUUCAAUUUUCGUCACUCCGUGCGACCUGUACCUCUGGAAAUCUUCAUAGAUGGCUUUCCUGAGCAACGUGGCUUCUGUCCAUUGAUGCAGUCGAUGAAUCGGCCGACAUUCAUGGCUAUCAAAUCUCAGUCCCCGGAUAAGCCUGUCAUUGUCUUCGUCCCUUCGCGACGGCAGACUCGUUUGACCGCCAAAGACCUUAUAAAUUUUUGCGGAAUGGAGGACAACCCUCGUCGCUUUGUCCGCAUGUCUGAAGACGAUCUUGAAUUGAAUCUCUCUCGUGUCAAAGAUGAAGCACUACGUCAAGCUUUGAGCUUUGGAAUCGGCUUGCAUCAUGCCGGUCUUGUUGAAAGCGAUCGUCAGCUGGCAGAGGAACUAUUCGCCAAUAAUCAGAUACAAAUUCUGGUGGCCACGAGCACUCUAGCAUGGGGUGUAAAUCUUCCAGCACAUUUAGUCGUUGUGAAAGGUACUCAAUUUUUUGACGCUAAGAUUGAAGGCUAUAAAGACAUGGACCUUACAGACGUGCUUCAAAUGCUCGGGCGUGCAGGAAGACCGCAGUUCGACUCCUCCGGAGUUGCUCGCAUCUUCACCCAAGACGCAAAAAAGGACUUCUAUAAACAUUUCCUUCAUACUGGCUUCCCUGUGGAGUCUUCCUUACAUAAUGUGCUGGACAAUCAUUUGGGUGCAGAGGCAUCUGCUGGUACCAUCGCAUCUUUACAAGAUGCUCUUGAUUACCUGACAUGGACUUUCUUCUUCCGGCGCUUGCACAAGAACCCAUCAUAUUAUGGUCUCGAAAUCUCCGCUGAAGAGCAUAAUACGGUGGCUGCACAGUAUAUUGCUAAUGAUUAUAUGACAGAAUUGGUGACGAAGUCCCUCGGUCAAUUGGCAGAGUCGAGCUGUCUUGAAGUUCAUCCAGACGGACAAAUUGAGUCAACAUCGAUGGGCAAGAUAAUGAGUUAUUACUACCUCUCGCACAGGACAAUACGUCAUCUUGUCAAGCGGGCAACUCGCAAUGCUAGCUUCCAUGAUGUCCUAUCCUGGAUGUGUGGGGCAACCGAAUUUGAUGAGCUCCCUGUGAGACACAACGAGGACCUAAUUAAUGCGGAGCUCUCAAAAAACCUACCCCUAAGUACCGACAAGAUGGACGGAUUGCCUAUGUGGGAUCCACAUGUAAAGGCAUUCCUCCUCUUACAAGCUUUCUUUUCACGGAUUGAGUUGCCCAUUUCUGAUUACGUCGGUGACCAAAAUUCAGUCCUUGACCAAAGUAUUCGUAUCAUCCAAGCAUCAAUUGAUGUACUCACAGAGCUUGGCUUCUUCGCAAGUUGCAAGAUGAUGAUCACGUUGCUUCAAUGCGUCAAAUCCGCACGAUGGCCCGAUGACGGACCUCUUUCCAUUUUACCAGGUCUUGAUUUGGACAACGAGAGCAUGCAGGAAAGAGUAAAGCAGACCAAGCCAAGAUCGCUGGAUAAAAUAGUAUCCUUGGAACAGCCACAGUUGUCUCGAAUAUUUCGAAGUCUAGACUUGCCGCAAUCCAGAGACCCUGAGCUUCUGAAAAUCGUCAAUACGUUGCCCAAGGUUCAGAUCAAGGUCAACGACGUCACUGCACUGGGCUUUACGAUCAAUCUUUCCCGCCUCAAUAGCGCGCUCAGCUCCGAGUAUCGUAUCUACGCCCCGCAAUAUCCAAAACCGCAAUCGGAAGGAUUCUUUGUGAUCGUGGUCCACCCAGAAAAGGAAGAGGUACUUGCCUUGAGAAGGGUCAGUUGGCCUUCGCUGGGAAAGAAGCAACAAAGGCCGGCAAAGGAUAAGGCACAGGCGAAGUCCACGAUCAAACUCUCACCAGACAGGGAACUCAAAUGCGUCACCGUCCUUGUAAUGAGCGAUGCGUACAUUGGGAUGGAGUGGAAGGUGGAGGGAUUAGAGGUGCCAGCAGCCCCAUCUACCGAAUAUGACGAUGGCAAGAAGCCUUCACAGACUUGA